UGCUUGCAGCGCCAGAAGGCGAGGCUCAGAACCCGGGGGCAGUGACAUCACAGGGGUGGGUGGAGGGAGCGGCCCUUGUCGCAGCGGAAUGGCACUGACGUCACCCGGAGUCUGGGCCAAUGGGGGAGGAGCUGGGGCCAGUGCUGGAAUGCGGGCGGCUCGGGUCCUCGGGCACGCGCGGCAGCUCCGUCCUAAGCUCAGUAAUGUCUACACAGACUGGCAGCAGCUUCUGCAAGGUUGCAGGCAGGAAUAUCUCUCUCAGCCCUGCCUAGAGAUGCCUGGGAGGAAACUUGGAACCUUCUGCAUGCAGAUGCUCUUCCCAGAGUGGCCACAUCCCCUAAUGUGUUGACUCCUGUCUUGUCUUGGGUUGCUGAUCCUGGUGCAAGGAAUACCAGAGCCUGAGGAGCAAAGCAGACUGUGGAAGGGACCAUGUCCACCUUUCGCCAGGAAAAUGUGGAAGACCACUAUGAAAUGGAGGAGGAGCUGGGCAGCGGCCAGUUUGCCAUUGUCCGGAAGUGCCGAGAGAAGAAGAGCGGCCUGGAAUAUGCAGCCAAGUUCAUCAAGAAGCGACGCCUGUCCUCGAGCCGCCGAGGAGUGAGCCGUGAGGAGAUCGAGCGGGAGGUGAACAUCCUGCGGGAGAUCCAGCACCCCAACAUCAUCACUCUCCACGAUAUCUUUGAGAACAAAACAGACGUGGUCCUCAUCCUGGAGCUGGUCUCGGGCGGGGAGCUCUUUGACUUCCUGGCCGAGAAGGAGUCCCUGACCGAGGAAGAGGCCACCCAGUUCCUCAAGCAGAUCCUGGAUGGAGUCUAUUACCUGCAUACCAAACGCAUUGCCCAUUUCGACCUCAAGCCUGAAAACAUCAUGCUGCUUGACAAAAACGUGCCCAGCCCUCGGAUCAAGCUGAUUGACUUCGGCAUCGCUCACAAGAUCGAAGCGGGGAAUGAGUUCAAAAAUAUCUUCGGCACCCCGGAGUUUGUAGCUCCAGAAAUAGUGAACUACGAACCUCUGGGCCUGGAGGCCGACAUGUGGAGCAUUGGAGUCAUCACAUAUAUCCUCUUGAGUGGUGCGUCGCCGUUCCUCGGCGAGACGAAGCAGGAGACUCUGACCAACAUCUCUGCUGUGAAUUACGACUUCGACGAGGAAUACUUCAGCAACACCAGCGAGCUGGCCAAGGACUUCAUUCGGCGCCUGCUUGUCAAGGAUCCCAAGAAACGAAUGACGAUUGAGCAAAGUUUGGAGCACCCAUGGAUCAAGGUGAUCAAAAGGCGCAACGUCCGCAACGAGGACAACAGCAAGAAGCCCGAGCGUCGUCGUCUCAAGACGACCCGGCUGAAGGAGUACACCAUCAAGUCCCACUCCAGCAUGCCGCCCAACAACACCUACAUCAACUUCGAGCGCUUCUCCAAGGUGAUGGAGGAGGUGGCGGCAGCCGAGGAGAGCCUGCGCGAGCUGGAGCACAGCAAGAAGUCCUUCCGCGAGGACAUCGAGGCCCUGCGCUCCAUCUACGAGGAGAAGGAGUCGUGGUACAAAGAGGAGAACGAGGCCAUCAGCCAGGACCUCCGCCAGAUCCGGCAGGACCUGACCAGGACGGAGGCCCUCAAGCGGCAGACCCAGGAGGAGGCCAAGGGCGCCCUGCUGGCGGCCAAUGGGCUGAAGCGCCGCUACCGGAAGCUGGAGAACCGCUACGAGGCCCUGGCCAAGCAGAUGGCCACCGAGAUGAAGUUUGUGCAGGAGCUGGUGCGCUCUGUGGAGCUGGAGAAGCUGCAGGGCGGGGAAGGGGACUGUGGCAUCCGCUAAGACUGACCUCUGCGCCCAUUUCCACGGGCCGGGGGUGGGGGUGUUGAGAAGGACCGCUGAGUUGCUUGCGGGGAUCUUCCCCAGUCUUGGGCCCUCGUAUCCCAAGGGAGCCCGUCCAGCUCUUCAAAGGGAGCAAAUCCAACGGCAUUGACUCCUUAUUUAAUAACUGAUGUGGCUGCUUCCCAAACUGUCCUGCAUCCUGUCCUGCCAUGCUCUGGCCUGGCUCCCAUACAGAUCUUUGAAUCCUUGGAACCCUUCGGAUGAACUGUACACACGCAUUCCUUGGGUCCUGCCUUCCUCGGUGGAGGGUGUGCUGGUCGAGGCGCUUGUUUUCUGGCUGACACAGCCCCUUCUGUGAGGAUCAUAGAGACCAAGGAAGCUGUCUUACACUGAGUCAGGCCCUUGGUCCAUCUAGCUCAGGGUUGUCUGCAUGGACUGGCAGCAGGUCUCCAAGGUUUCAGGCAGGAGUCUUUCCCAGCCCUACCUGGAGAUGCUGUCGGGGACUGAACCUUGGAACUUCUGCAUGGAAGCAAGGGAGGAGGAAAACCCGAGCAGAAGUGAUUGUGUGGAAGCAAGGUAGGAGGUUUCCUUUCUCCCUUCCACAUAAUCCCAGGUUUCCUUUCUCCCUUCCACACAAUCAUGUCUACCCAGGUUUCCCUCCUACCUUGCUUCGGCAGAAUCACUUUUACCCAGGUUUCUCUCCUACCUUGCUUCGGCAGAAUCACAUCUACCCAGGUUUCCCUCCUACCUUGCUUCCACACAAUCACGUCUACCCAGGUUUCCCUCCUACCUUGUUUCCACACAAUCACGUCUACCCAGGUUUCCCUCCUACCUUGCUUCCACACAAUCACAUCUACCCAGGUUUCCCUCCUCCCUUGCUUCCACACAGCUGAAAACUAGAAGCACACACAGCUCCCAAACCUGGGUAGAACACAGUUUUUGAUUGUGUGAAUGACCUCAAUGACUUCUUCUUAGAAAGAGAGUUUUGACACAAGUCCAUCAAACAUAGUUGGCAAAGAAAAAGAUAAAAAGAACCAGGAUCAACAGAGCACUUGUCUGGCUGCGUACAUUUUGUGCGUCUAGCUGUAUUAAAACACGUCUCUAGUACUUCAGAAAUAUUUUCCGUUGCUGCUACAUCCCCCAAAUGCCUCGUUCCCUUCGGAGCCUCUUCCUAUCCAUUGACGACCAUCAAUGUCGACAUCUUUCCUCGCAGUACUUUUAACACAAUCCGUGUAGAGUUCAGUUUGAGUAAUGUGGCUGGGGAUGAUGGGAGUUGUAGUUCAACAACAGCUGGAGGGCCAAAUUUGCCUACCCCUGCUCUUUCCCAAACUUUUCCUGCUGUCCUUUAUAAUGCAAAGGAGCUCAGGUCCUCUCCUAGGAUGGUGAUUUCUUCUUGGCCCAGAAGGGAAAGACAUACCAUGGGAAAGACAAAAGUAGCUCCUGUCUGUUGAUAACCAGAUUGUAUGCUUCCCAGGGCAGAGACCUGUCCUACCAUUCUUUGUCAAGUGCCAUGUAUGCAGAAAGCGCUAGAUAAAUAAAAAUAAUUAGAAGUUGGAAGGUGUAUAGUUAUGACUGAAAACUGCAACAUUACUAUAUAUAAAGCCCUUUAAACUGCCCUUUCCCCCCAAUAUUUACAAACAAGGCACUCUUCAGAUACUAAAUUUGAAAAUUGAGAGCCAGUGUGUAGUGGUUAGAGUGCUGGACUAGGACCGGGGAGACCCGAGUUCAAAUCCCCAUUCAGCCAUGAGACUUGCUGGGUGACUCUGGGCCAGUCACUUCUCUCUCAGCCUAACCUAUUUUACAGGGUUGUUGUGAGGAGAAACAUAAGUAUGUAGUACACCACUCUGGGCUCCUUCGAGGAAGAGUGGGAUAUAAAUGUAAAAAAUGAAAAUAAAUAAAAUAAAUCUUAAGGAAGAAGACAGUUCAGAUGACAGAGAGGUUGGGAAAAGUCUUUAUUGACUAAAUUCAGAAGAAACCAUCUAUCAAGAUUGUACAAUUUGCUGCUACAGUUAGAUGAGAUGAUGUAAGUCAUUGCAAGAGAAUUGUCAUGAUUUUAAAAAUCACUGAAAAUUUACAGUACAAUUAAUUUGCUUCCAAGAAAUUAAAGCCAACAGGUGAUGGGGAGGGAGUGGCGUAUAUUCCUGAUAAUUGGAGUUAUCAUCCUCUGUGGUGACAAUGGUGUUGAUAAUUGUCCCCUAUGGAGAAGGCAGAGAGCCACCUUUCAAAGUGGUUAUUCUCUUAUUUAUUUGGCAGGAGGAGAGCAACUGGCCCUAUCCAGCCCCAGCACAGCAUCCCUCCAGUGGCUGUUGCUGAGGUCUUCCUUGUAUUUCUCAGACUGUGAACUCAUUGGUGACAGGGAAUUAUCUUAUUUUAUGUAAACCACUUUGAGAACAUCAACAUUUUGUCUGCAUUGUAUAUCUGGUGGCUUUUAACUUUUGAAUUUGUAAUUUUAAACCUGGUUUGAAUUGAGUCUUGUUUGUAGCUGAUUCUAUUAAUUUGAUUAGUUUUAUGUUGUUUUUAUAUUGUAUCUGCUUUCCCCCUUCUGAUUUUGUGAGUCUCCCUAAGCAGUAGUAUACUGGAGGGGCAGACUAUAAACAGUGUGGUGUGGUGGUUAGAGUGCUGGGUAUGGACUGGGGACACCUGAGUUCAAAUUGUGCUUGCUUAUAGCUUGCCUGCCACGGACCCACACUUUUCCUUGGUCUUUGAGGUGCAAAUUUCGAUGGCAUCCACAAAGGCCAUCCAAUGUCACGGCAUGUGGCUGAUGCAUGUAAGAAUAUUUGAUCUGUUGUCUUGGGUGCUUGAUGAAGUGGCAAGGCAGUUUGUACAUUUAAUAAAUAACUUAAACAGAAGGAAAGCAA